AUGAGAAGAAGUGCAAGAAUAUCUGCAAGAAAAAGCAUAUUACUAGACCAAGAUGAGACUUUAUCGGAAGACUCUAUUGUGACCCCUUUAAAGAAACGGGGAGACCAAGAAAAGGAGACUUCUUUGUCAACUAAACAAGGACAUUCAAGCAGAAAAGUAGAAAGGAAUAUUAAAGAAGAGGGGUUGACAGAGGUAUUGUCAGACAAUGAAGAAGUUCUUAUUACUGGCAUAUUACUGGACCAAGAUGAAAAUGUAUUGAAAGGUGCUAUUGUGACCCCUUUGAAGAAAGGGGCAGACCAAGAAAAGGAGGCCUCUUUGUCAACUAAACAAGGACGUUCAAGCAGAAAAGUAAUAAGGAAUAUUAAAGAAGAGGGGUUGACAGAAGUAUUGUCAGACAAUGAAGAAGUUCUUAUUACUGGCAUAUUACUGGACCAAGAUGAAAAUGUAUCGAAAGGCGCUAUUGUGACCCCUUUGAAGAAAGGGACAGACCAAGAAAAGGAGACUUCUUCAUCAACUAAACAAGGACGUCCAAGGAGAAAAGUAGAAAGGAAUAUUAAAGAAGAGGGGUUGACAGAGGUAUUGUCAGACAAUGAAGAAGUUCUUAUUACUGGCAUAUUACUGGACCAAGAUGAAAAUGUGUCGAAAGGCGCUAUUGUGACCCCUUUGAAGAAAGGGGCAGACCAAGAAAAGAAGGCCUCUUUGUCAACUAAACAAGGACGUUCAAGGAGAAAAGUAGACAGGAGUAUUAGAGAAAAGGGAUCAACAGAGGCAACGUCAGACAGCAAAGAAGAUAUCACUACUGGCAUAUUGCUGGACCAAGAAGAAAAUGUAUCAAAAGGCUCUAUUGUGACCCCUAUGAAGAAAGGGACAGACCAAGAAAAGGAGACUUCCUCAUCGAUUAAACAAGGACGCCCAAGGAGAAAAGUAGACAGGAGUAUUAGAGAAAAGGGGGUAACAGAGGAAUCGUCAGAUAAUAAAAAAGAUCUUGCUUUAGGUAAAUUCACAAAAAAUGAUUUGCCCUCAUUGGAAUCACCUGCAGAAGAGGAACCAACUACUAAAAUUAAUGAAAACAAGAAAAGGGGAGGAAGAAAUGUAUCCAUUCCAUCAAAAGCAAGUGAUUAUAAGAGAAGAACAAGAUCAACAUCACAAUGCAACAAUGAAAACUUUGUUGCUACUAACAAAGAACUUGAAAGUACUGGUAGGAAAGAUAUAAUUUUAAAUGAGCAGGUUGAAGUUUCUGAACCUUCUAAGUUACCCUCUGGUGGUUUAAAUGCUUCUGCAACUCAGUCAUUUGAUAUAAUUAGUGAUAGGAAGAUGGAGUGCAUUACAAAUUCUUUGAAAGAGCCACUUAGGGUCAUUUUGGAAGACUGUGGUUCACUGGUUAUCACUAAAGGUAGGGAAAGUCAACAUGGUGGUUUAAAAACUGUUGAAGAGGUAAAAACUACAAAUACUAACAAAGAUUCUGACACAAAUGAUGAUCAACAUGCUAUAAUUUUGGAAGAUUCAACUACACCAAUGGUACCAUUGGAUCCAAUUCAAAGUAGCAAUCCGAAGAAACCAUUUGUCACAAAAGGUGGAGAGAGUCAACCUGAUUAUAAAGAAAUUCUUAAAGAGGUAAAAACUGCAAAUGUUAGCAAAGAUUGUGACAUCAACAACAGUGAGUACACAAGAACUUUAUCAGAUGUAGAAAAGUCAGUUCAGAUUCAAGCUGGAACUGAUGAGCCACAUGAAAACUUGAAGCCAAACAAUAAUGAUUUGAGCACAUUGGGCCGUAGCUCCAAGGAAGGCUUUGAAGUGACAACCAAAGAUUCUUUAAAAAAAUUUGAAAAAAUUAAGAUUUUGAACAAGGAUAGAGUAAAGCAAGGGCUUUUGUUUAGCAAAAAAAGUUCAAAAGGCAAAAGUCUCUUAAAAUUAACUUCAGAUGCUUUUGAGUCUUUUCCUUUCAAAAUUACCAAAAAGGAUCUGCUAGAUACGAAUCUACCUGGAAAAUUCAUCACAAAAACGAAGAAAGAUUUUGUUGACAAGCUGGAACAUAUUCCAUUAACUUCUGGUGAAAAAGUUGAAAAUGUUCAAAAAGAGAAACAGUUCGCAUUGUCAUCAGAACUCGAUCCACAUAUUGACUUGAAUGAUCUGUAUUUUGACAUAAAAGGUAGCAAAACAGGUCCAGUACAAAGGAAAGCAUCAUACGCUGAAUGUGAAAAGAAGAAGGACAUUUUGAAGAAAAGUAAACUUGGCCCUGCCUUUGAGAAGCAAGAGAAAUCACAAGCAAGAAAAACAGCAACACAAGUAAUCAAGCAAAGAAGGAAGGAAAAGGAAGAAACAGCAGGGCCAGGAUGGUACAAUUUACCAAAAACAGAAAUGACAGAAGAAACAAAGAGAGAUAUGCAAGUUUUGAAAAUGAGACAUCUACUGAACCCAAAGAGAUUUUACAAGAGAGGAAUCAAUAAAUUCCCCAAGCACUUUCAGGUUGGUACUGUGCUUGAUGGGGCUGCUGACUUCUAUUCAUCACGUAUUCCAAAAAAGGCAAGGAAAAGAACAAUGGUAGACGAGUUACUGCAUGAUGCUGAAUUCAGAAGAAGAAACAAAAGGAAAUUCCUGGGGAUACAAAAGUCAAAAGAAAAUAGUAAAAGAAAGCACCACAAGCUUGGAAAAAAGAAAGGACAGAAAGCUUAGUAAUUUUGUUGAGAUAAAUGCAAAGAGCUCUCAAUGUAUUUUUUAUAUGUUUUUGGCAACACAACAGCGACAGCUUGCUUCUGAGGAAAA